GCUCUCAGCUGCGUGCUACCGCUUAUCCCCUGUUCAUGCCUGGAUGUAAACAAACAUGGCGGAAGACACGUCGGGCGUUCUCGAGCAGUUCGCUGAUGACGCCGUUUACAAGCAGUUCCUGCAUGACGACUUCGAUGCGAAAGCUGUCGCAUGCAACGCUAUUCAGGACCUCGCUAUCUCUCAACACCUCUCGAAACUCGCCACUGGCAUCUCUCUUUUGGACAAGGAACUACAUAGCCAGGUGUCUGCUCAUUAUGAGGACCUUUUGGCUCAAGCGUCCGGGAUUGAGACCUUGGAAGGUGCCUUGCAGACGAUGUGCGCCUCGAUACAGAACCUUCAAGCGACGUCUGAAAGGCUCCAAAGCAAAGUGGUUGAACCUUACAACAAGAGCUGGACUCAGACGGCCAUGCUUGCCAGGUUGCAACAAACCUGUGACAUGAUUCGACGGAUGGGACGGCUGUUCCAGAUCGUCAAACGCAUGCGGGCGCAGCUGCAAGGCGGCGCCAAGGAUAUCACUAAAGCCGCCCAGAGUCUCAGCGAAGCAGACCAGCUGCUUGAAGGCGUGGACCUAAGCGGCGUGGAGGUGGUGCAGGAGGAGCUUGCUGUGCUGGACAGCGCUCGACAGGAGUUGGAGAGGCAGGCAGAGCGCAUGCUUGAGAAAGGCACCGAGUCCCAGAACCAGGCUCAGGUGGGGACGGCGCUGCAGGUGCUGUUCCACCUGCAGCUACUCCAGCCGCGUGUGCUGCAGCUUGUGCGCUCCACGCUGGAGCGCCUCCGGGACUCUGUGCAGCAGGCCCUGUCCGUUGGAAGCCUGGACCAUCAGGCGACUGCUUCCUUUGGGAACAGAGGUCCUGGCCGGGCAGCCAUGCCGGUGACUGGAAGCAGUGCUGCGUUCCGGGCAGCCCUGUGGACCAGCAUGGACCGACUGGUGGACAGCGUCUGCCAAGCCUGCUGUCAGAUUCAGCAGUUGGAGCAAGUGCUGGCCAAGAAGAAAGACCCGGUGACACACGUGGUUUUUCUCCAAGAGUUGCAGAAGAAUGGACACGGGGACAUCCUCCGAUCAUUCUGGCUCUCCCUGGCCGAGAUGCUGUCCGACGAAUUGGCCAAGGCAGCGGCUGAGUCGACAUUCCUGCGGCAAGCGUUUGAAGGCGAGUACCCCAAGUUGCUGAGUCUGUUCAAUGGUCUCUGGAAGCGGCUAGACCAGAUCGAAGGCCAGGCUCCUGCAAGCGGUGAUGGCGAACCUGGUGGCCGCUUCUUGGGCCAGGAAGACUUCAAGCCAGAAGAGGCUCUCUGCGGUACCCUGGCCCCACUGGAGAAGGCGUACCUGUCCAGAUCUGUCUCGCGUCUGCUGGAUGCAGUCAACGUGGCUCUGUCUGGCAGCAGCCGUGAAAGCCGCCCUUCACAAGAUGACCUGGAUGGCAUUUUGCGAGCCAUCUCUAGCGAGCUGCGAGUAGCCUCGGUGGACAGCCGCCUGUGCCGCAUGGUGGCCAAAAACGUGGCACAAGCCGUCCACCAGCUGGCUGCCCGGUGUGAGCAGCUGGCUGCCCUGGAAGGCUCGGACGCUUUGCAAGUCAACGGCCCAGCCACCGCUGCUCAGCAGUGCAAUGCCAGCCUGCUGCACCUACUGCACCUCUUCCAGACGCAGAUGGACACGUUAUUGUGCGGCAAUACAGUGGAAUCACCUGAGGCUGCAUCUAUAGUGAGAACGGCUCUGCAGUCUGUGGAGACGGUCAUCCAGAGCAUUGUGCAGCCGCUGCUGUCUGCUGUGAGCCAGUCUGUCGAGGCCAUCAUUCUGACCAUGCACGAGGAAGACUUCUGCACCCCUGCUGUGGACCGCAUGGCAGCCCCUGAUGCUCCCUGCUCGUUGUACAUGCGCGAGCUACAGCAGUUCCUUUCCCACUGCCAGACUGACUUCUUCUCUUCGUGGCCUUCCACUGCGGCUGUCACGCAAGGGUUGCGGGAUCUGGCGUCACGUGCUUUGGAGCUACUUGUGCGGCAUGCAAGCUUGGUUCGUCCGCUGGCCGAAGGCGGCAAGAUGCGGCUGGCCGCCGACUUUGCCCACAUGGAAAUGGCGCUGGCACCACUGGGCCAGCCCCUGGCAGACCUGGGGCGCCCCUACAAGGUAUUGCGGGCUCUGCGGCCACUGCUUUUCCAGAGUCCUCAGCACGUGGCUCAAUCCCCCAUGCUGGGCGACGUGGUGCCUCACUCGCUGAUGCUGCAUUUCCUGUUUGCCAAGGCGCCGCCUGAGCUUCGGUCACCAUACGAGGCGGCGUCCUGGUCUCGCAGUCGCUAUUCAAAGUGGCUCGAUGAGCACACGUCUGAGAAGGAGCGCCUGGUCCUUGUGCGCGGUGCGAUGGAGUCGUAUGUGCAGACCGUGCGUCAGCGGCAGGGCAAGGAGUUUGCACCAGUCUACCCCAUCAUGAAAGAAAUCCUCGAGAAGGCCAUGGCGCAGACCUGAUGCUGCUUCACUCUUAUUGUGACUGACUCUUAGAUAGAAUGAGCUAUGGAGGUGUUGAUUGAAGAGUGAAGGAGUUGUUGUACAGCUCAGAUCUGUUCAUGGGGUGUCGUGCUUUGCUAACGAAAUAAAGGUGCAAUCAAGAUGGUUCCUUGUUGCACGAAGAACUCCUGUCAGACAA